UCGACAGUCUAGCUGUGCUCGUUGAUAAUAUCGCCGGCAGUGCAGUUCUAACGACCGUAAUAAUCUGUUCUAAUUCAUAAUGAUUCCGAAAAUUAUCAUACUGUUUACCGUACUGGCGGUUGUCGCGGCUAGACGAUCAUAUCAAGGAUAUAAGGUGUACGAAGUACUACAGGAAACAGUGAACCAAGCCAAAUUCCUUCACCAGCUGGAACAAUCGAAUGACAGCAUAGAUUUUUGGCACCUUAGCAAACAGCUCAAUGACAGAGCCCGCGUAAUGGUUCCACCGGGAGCACAGCCAGCGUUCAUUGCCGAUUUGAUGCGAAAUGGAUUUCAGUUCAGCGUUCUGAUUGAUAAUGUCGAAAGUACCAUUCAAAACAAUGCUGCGGUAGCUUCGAGGAAACCUAUCCCGAUCGAGAACAGUAUUUUACAUAAAUAUCUCCGACACAGUGACAUUAACAGUUACCUAGACGAACUCGCCAACAAGUACGCAUCCCAUGUCAGUGUGGUAGAGAUCGGAAAAUCAUACGAAGGUCGGCCAUUAAAGACUAUCACCAUCAAUGAGAAUGCGAAUAAUCCAGUCAUUUUGUUGGACGCUGGAAUCCAUGCUCGGGAAUGGAUCGCUCCGGCUACUGCCCUGUACGCUAUCAAUCAGCUGGUUGAGCAUGCCACAAAUAACAAAAAUGUUUUGUCGAAUCUGACCUGGGUCAUUCUACCCGUUGUGAAUCCCGACGGCUAUGAGUACAGUCAUGAACAGGAACGAUUGUGGCGCAAAACUCGCAAACCAUCAGGGCGCUGCAGCGGAACUGACGGUAAUCGUAACUUUGAUUUCCAUUGGGGCGAAGUUGGUGCUUCAUCGUCUGCAUGUUCCGAGACCUAUCGAGGGGACACUGCGUUCUCCGAGCCAGAGACACAAGCAGUUCGGGAUGCUUUACUCAAACUGAAAGGACGUUGCAAAUUCUACCUGACGUUGCAUUCGUACGGAAAUUAUCUAUUGUAUCCUUGGGGAUGGACUAGAACUCUACCCGAUGGCUGGAGAGAAAUAGACGAGGUUGCUCAAGCAGGUGCUGCCGCCAUCAAAAAAGCGACCGGAAGCCGCUACACCGUGGGCAGUUCAACCAAUGUUCUGUACGCAGCCGCGGGCGGCAGUGACGAUUGGGCCUUCGCCGAAGCCAAAGUUCCCAUUUCGAUUAUAAUGGAACUACCAGGAGGCGGCUCCCAAGGCUUCAAUCCGCCAGCCUCCGCUAUCGAGAGAAGUGUAAAAGAAAGUUGGAUUGGGAUUAAAGCAAUGGCACUCAAGGUCGCUCAGAAAUAUUAAAUGACAUUAGUAAGAGAUGAAUAGUCUGCGUAAUUUUGAAAGUAUUUAGGUACUUGUUCUAGUAUCACAUUCUUAGUGAUGUAUCAAGUGCUUAAUUUUUCUAAAUUUUGUACAUAAUUAUUAUAGUAACCUUCGAACAAUAAAUAGAAUAACAUUUAUUGCAACCAUUAAUUUA